AUGCGUCCUUGGAUUCUCGUGUCCGCGGCAGUUGUCUGCCUUUCGGCAUCUGGAAAUGCAGUGUAUGCAGCUUUAGGCGCUGGGAAGCCGAAGACGUCUGACGUGGCCUCACCUGUGAUUGCCGACCGCAAUCUUGGUACUGCGGGUGAUGCAGCUGAGCACCGACGGCUCAUUUCGUUCCCGUGGAGUGAUGACAAGGACGAAGAAAGCUCCGACUUCUCGGCCGGUUCCGGCAAUCCAAAAUUAUAUUGGAGGAUGCACACUCUGCUGUACGACGAUUUGUUUUACGUGGUACAUCGAACUCAGAAGCAAGCUGAGGCUUAUAUAAAAGCAGAUGAUCGUCGUUCCUUUCACGAAGGCUACCUCGUAUAUGUCAAGACGAAGUGCAAAGAACUUGUUAACAAGGGUCGGCAAGCUUGUGCGUAG